AUGGAUGUGAAAAUUCUUGGAAGGAUAUAUCCAGUUAAUGGAUCAAUAUGUGUCAAAAAGCACAAUAACUGUACAAUACUUGCAGCCAGUUUGGAUAUGGUUGCAAAAUCUAUAGAGAGGAGAAACAACAACUGGCAAUUAGUCAAUACCGCUUCAAUUUCUUCUUGUUUCGGUACAUGUGUUUUCCGUGGCAUUUGGUUAACAACCAUCUCAUGUAGGUUCAUCCGGACUAAAAUUCCCAAUGAUUUGAUUAUACAAAUGGAAGGAAAGAGCUUUCACUUGCAUAAGCUCCCUUUGGUCUCAAGAAGUGGUUUUAUAAACAGAUGGUAUUUCAGAAUCAUGGAUAUGGCAAUCUCAGUCAAUCUUACAGGAUCAAUUGUUGCUCCACUUUAUUGUGCCACUCACUUCUUGGAAAUGAGUGAUGAUCUUGAUCAAGGAAACCUGAUUUCGAAAACUGUGGCCUUUCUGAGUUGUAUAAUUAAUCAUUUCAUCAUGGAAAGAUAUGGCAAUCUCAGUCUCCAAAUUGACAAACUCCCUAGUGGAGCAAAAUAUUCUGAGUUAGUUUUAAAGUUCUGUUAUGGUUGGAAGGUCAAUCUUACAGCAUCAAUUGUUGCUCCACUUUAUUGUGCCGCUCAAUUCUUGGAAAUGAGUGAUGAUCUUGAACAAGAAACCUGA